AUGAUGAAGAUGUCCAACAAAUCUAUUAAUGGUGAUCAUCAUCAUCAUCGUCAUCCUGAUGUGGGUCGUAGAGCAUGGAAGCUGCUGCGUCUGGCAUUGCUUUGGGCAAGAAAAGGCGGUGUCUUCAGACGACGCCUCAUGAUGGAACUGCGGGUCGUCCCCAACUUCCUCAAGAGCCUUGCUCAUCAUCAUCAUCAUCGCAAUGAUAAUCAAUAUUACUUUGAGCGUCAGCUGUCCUUCGACAAGACCCCCAUUUUCCCCACCCUCAAAAUGAACCGGCGAACAUCCUCCUCCUCCAUGCGCUUCAUUAAUAUCCCUUGCUUAAACCCACCAUUAGUGCUGGAUUUUGAUGAUCAUCAUGAAGUCGACAUGAUCAUUAAUAAUCAUGAUCAAUUAGAUGAUGAAGAUGAUGAUGAUGAUGAGGGAAUGAUAACUGAAGAUAGUAAUACUAUUAAUGUGCAUGAAGAAAAGGGAUGUGCAGAUUAUGAGGACGAAUUGGUUGAUAUAAAGGCGGAUGAGUUCAUAGCUAAAUUCUAUCAGCAAAUUAAGCUCCAAAGACAGAUUUCAUACCUACACUACUCCUCUAGUACUACUAUACACUCAGACGCAUGCUUAAUUAAUAUAUAA